AUGUCCAAGCAUCAUCCAGAUCUUAUUAUGUGUAGGCGCCAACCUGGCAUAGCCAUCGGUCGUCUUUGUGAGAAGUGCGACGGCAAGUGCCCUGUCUGUGAUUCAUAUGUCCGGCCUGAAACUCUGGUGCGAAUAUGCGACGAGUGUAACUUUGGUACAUACGGUGGACGCUGUAUCAUCUGUGGUGCACCAGGUAUUUCCGAUGCGUAUUAUUGCUCUGAGUGCACCAGACUCGAAAAGGACCGUGAUGGCUGCCCUAAGAUCGUCAAUCUAGGUGCAAGUCGGACAGAUCUAUUCUACGAGCGUCGUCGUCUUGGCUUCAAAAAGGGUUGA